AUGUUUUGUACGAUUUUCCGGUCGAUCGAAGGAGCAUCGAGAUGGAGAAAAGCUUCCAAAUGCAAAAUCUUGAUUAAAGAAGUCAAGAUUCGUCUGGCAUACGAAAAGAGGAGAAAAUGCGCGAUCGUUAGGCAAUCGUGCACUGAUAUUGCGCAACUCCUUCACGAUGGACACCGUGAACUUGCUCUCUCAAGGGUUGAGAAACUGCACAAAGACAGAUGCAAGGUAUCUGCAUAUGAUCAAUUUGAUGGAUUCUGUGAUUGCAUUCUUGACAACCUUCAUCACAUUGCCCGGCCUAAGCUGCGAUAUUGUGGUUUUUUUUAUUGCUGCAGCAAACUACCGAUUGAGGUAAGUGAAGCGGUGUCAUGUUUGAUAUUCGGUGCGUCAAGAUGCGGAGAAUUGCCGGAGUUGCAUUCCCUGAGAAAUUUAUUCAAACAACAUUUCGGUCCGAAAUUCGAAAGAACCAACGUGGAACUGCUAUCAGGACACUCUGUCGACUCCAGAUUAAUUGAUAACCUCAAUACGGCGUCACUGCCGCAAAAUGUAAAUCGGAUGCAGUUAUUACAGGAAAUACAAAAGGAUUAUAUAAUCCAUCCAAAUAUCAAGAAGCAAAACGAAAAGCCUCACGAUCAUGAUCAGAGAGCAAUGUAUGAUGGAGUUAUUAAUUUGGAAAAUGAAGAUCAAAUUCAUGCCUCCAAAUUUGAGGAGAUGGUGAAGAAAAUGGGGAGAACUCUUUCUGCUUUUGCCAACUAUGGUCAAGCUCAAGAGUUUUACAGGGACAAAAAAGUAAUUUCGAACUCUCUAUCGAGCCAUGUCCAUCCCAGACGAUAA